ACGUGCGCUCUCUGGAUAGCCUGGAUCUGCGCCUUCUUCUCGACCUGGUCGCAAGCUCCGUUCGGACCAAUCCCCCCCAAUCCGGACACGUCUCCGACGUCGCCGCCGUGCUCCUCCGGCGAACUGCACCGGAGCACCCUCGGAGCUGCACGGCGACAUCGCUGCGUUGCAUCUGGAACUCCUGCGUCCCCAUGCUGGAUAUUCGCCCUCCUUUUGGAAUGAAGAAGAGCAGAGGUUGUGGUGUUUGUUGAAGUGUUGAAGGUGCCGAUUGGCGUGGAGUUGCAGUUUGGUUGGAGCUUGGAGUUUAGAGGGAAGAUUUCGUGAUGAGCAGCCGCAGCCCGCCGCUGAAGGACCGCAGGAUGCGUACCGAGCGCACCUCAUACCGUGACGCACCAUAUCGGAGGGACAGCCGCCGUGGUCCGAGCAGGUUUCAUAAUGAUUUGUGCAACAACUGUAAGCGUCCUGGGCAUUUUGCUAGAGAGUGUCCUAGCGUGGCUGUCUGCCAUACCUGUGGGCUUCCUGGGCACAUUGCAGCUGAGUGUUCUUCCAAAGGUAUCUGCUGGAACUGCAAAGAGCCUGGCCACAUGGCUAACAGCUGCCCAAAUGAAGGGAUAUGCCGUAACUGCGGCAAGUCUGGCCACAUUGCAAGAGACUGCACUGCUCCGCCAGUGCCACCUGGAGAAGUGAUCCUUUGCAGCAACUGCUACAAACCAGGUCAUUUUCAUGAGGAAUGCACCAAUGAGAAGGCCUGCAACAACUGUCGGCAGAGUGGCCAUAUUGCCCGCAACUGCACCAAUGAUCCUGUUUGCAACCUGUGCAAUGUUGCUGGUCAUUUGGCCCGUCAGUGCCCCAAGUCUGAUACAUUGGGUGAGCGGGGUGUGCCACCUCCCUUCCGUGGAGCCGGCGCUCCAUUCCGUGGGGGUGGUGCUCCCUUCCGUGGCAGCUUCAGGGACGUCAUCUGUCGUGCCUGCAACCAGGUUGGCCAUAUGAGCCGUGACUGCAUGGCUGGUGCCUUCAUGAUCUGCCACAACUGUGGUGGCCGUGGCCACAUGGCUUAUGAGUGCCCCUCUGUGUCUCUCAUGGAUCGCUUCCCCCCACGCCGUUUCUGAAGGACGUCCAAGGGCAAUUCAGAUGACUUUUACUUACGGCCCUCUAAGUCAAGAACAAUUUUAUUUUUCAUUUGCUUUUUAUUUCUAAACUAUAACGAAUUCUAGCUACUUCAGAUGCAAUAUUUAGCUGUAAUUCUGGGAUAUGCUAUUUAACUGUGAUGUUCUGUUGAGGAUAAUAUUAGUGGAUGGGAAUACUUAUGAAUUCCGAA